AUGAUUCCAGCUACAGCUUUCAUGGACGAAUUUUCUGAACAUCAUCAGCCACAAUACCAACACCGCCAUCAAUUAAAUAAUAGUUGUAAUGCAACUGAUUUGAUAUCGUUUCCUUCUUCAACAUUACUUCCAAUGUUACCAAACGAACGUUCUCCAAUAAUGGAAUCUACUACUACUACUACUACAAACAACAACAAUAAUAAUAACAACAAUAAUAAUAACAACAAUAAUAAUAACAAUAAUAAUAAUAACAGUAAUAGUACAUUAACAAAAUCAUCAUCUCUUCAAUCUAUAAUCUUGGAGAAUUUAUCACAAAAUGAUCAACAUUCCGUUGACCAAUAUGUGAUUUAUUCGGAAAAGAAUGAAAAGAAGAAUAAUGGUGAUAAGAGAUAUAUAUUUAUUGGCAACAUUCCUCACACAGUUACUAGCGAUCAAUUUUAUCCUUCAAUUCAUAAAUAUAAUCCAAUUAGUUUUAGGAUUAAACUCAACGAGAAAGGUCAAUCACUCGGAUAUGCAUUCGCUGGUUUUAGAACUGAAAGUGAGGCUUUGGUUGCCAAAACAUCAUUACAUUUAUCAAAAUGUUUGCACAAUGAACUAAAAGUAUAUUGGGCAAUUCCAAUUUCCACUUUAUAUGUCACAAACAUUGACACUAAAAUAGAUCAAAAAGAAUUUCUAUCAAUCUUUGAAACAUAUGGUACUUUAGAUUCAAAGGAUUGUGUAUUUAUCAAUAAUUAUGCAUUUAUUAAGUUCAACUUGAGAUCUGAUGCUGAAAACGCAUUAACUGAACUCCACGGUGUCUUUAUUGGCGAGAAGCCAAUUAAAAUCAAAUGGAGUGAUUCAUGUGAUCAAAGAACAAGUAUACAUAUCACAUUUUGUCCAGCAAAUGCUAAACCAGGAUUACAUAAACAAAUCUUUAGUAAAUGUAGAGAAUUUGGAAAGAUUAAUCAUUAUAACAUUCCAAAGCGAGACAAUGGUGACUACGAAGGUUAUGGUUUCAUUCACUUUAAGGAUUCACAGAAAGGAGAGAUUGCAAGUGAGGCUGCUAUUCGCUUUUUCAAUGAGAAUGAGAUAAUGGGUGUAAAGAUAAACUGCUCCUUCUCAAAGAAGAAGGUUGCCACUUCCAAAAAGGCAACCAAGAACAACAGACACAAGAAUAACUUAUCUUCACUCAACGAUAAGUCUCCACAAUCGGAUCUUGAACAGUCUUUUGGUAACUUACACCUAUCCAGUUCCAACAACAGUAUGAAUUCAUCUAACGGUAGUCUCAGUAUCUCUUCAUCAAAUGGUAGUGUUGGUAUUUAUAAUAAUAAUAAUAAUAAUAAUAAUAACAACAACAAUAACAGUCAGAAUGGUAAUUCUCUUCGUAACAGUCAGACAAAAUCACUCAAUAACAAUACAUCACCACCACAACAACAACAACAACAAUAUCAACAACAACAACAACAACCAAAGUUAAGAACAUCACAACAAAAUCUAACAUCUGUGAUAGGACAACAACCACCUAUCAGACAAGUCACACCAAAUCAAAUGCAAUCAAACAACACCAACACUACCAAUAACAAUUGUAAUAAUAAUCCUUUAUCACCUCCUCUUCACUCUACCAAUACCAACCUAUGGAGACAACAAAACUCCAAUGGUAGUACCUUUAAACCAUCACCUUCACCUCCACAGCAAUCAAACAACUUUUUAUAUAACCAACUUUUGCAAUCACCUACCCAGUCGUCUGGAAACAACUCUGCCCAUCACAUUGGUGUAGGAUCUGCCAGUGGACUCAUUCCAUCGCCAGCGACAGUAGGCGCGCAAUCCAACGGCAAUUUUAUAUUCCAGUCCCCUGCCUCGUCUGCAUCGUCAAAUUCAUCACCAACUUCACCAAGAGAACAACAACCAUGGUCAUCCCCAUCCCUAUUCCAUAUGUCAACAAACAACAACUCUAUAAACACCAAUGGAAUCGACUAUUCACACUUAAAUACAUCACCAUCACCCAACCACCAUGUAUUUUCUAACAAUUCCAACUCUAUUAAGCGAUUCCAAUCACCUGUUGGCUCGAAUUGGAACCACGGAUCACCAUCAACACCCAAUUUGAAUUUGGAUGAGGACAACAACAACGCCCCACAAUACGAUUCAAAUUGGUAUCAUCACAACAACCACGGAAACGGCAAUACCAAUGGCAAUUCAUCAAGGUCACUUGCAAACUCACAAGAGUCAAACAAGUCUCAAUUCAAUGACUCAUUUGAACAAUAUCAAUAUAUACAACAAUUAAAGAGACAAUAUCAACAAUUCCAACCAAACAACAACAACAACAACAACACCAACAACAACACCAAUAACAACAACCACAAUAACAGCAAUGGUCACAACCAAAAUAACAGCAAUUCACUAUUGUCCAAUAUGGAUCAACCCUAUAGUGAAUGGCAAGAUAUUCAACAAAUCAUCUUAAACACAAGACAGCAUCAACCUGUUUAUUUUACACAGCAAGCACAUCAACUCAACCACAACCAACACUCAAGUCAUAAUAAUCAUAAUCAUAAUCAUCAUCAACAACAACAUCAACAACCCAAAUAUCAAACUGCACUAAGCCGCAGCAGUCCUUUUGAGUAUUCUUCUACCGGUGAUGCACACAUCAAUGGUCAUCAAAACCUUUCGUUGUCAACUCCAAACAAGAUAAUGCAAAGAUCAACAAAUGGCAUUGAUCACCAUCAUGAUCAACCCAUUCAAUCUAUCGGAAUCCCUUCACAAACUCAAUUACGUUCAAACUUCAACUCUGCUUACAAUCAAAAUGCAUUGUCAUUAAACAAUAAUACCCAUUUUUAA